AUGUCCUCGAAUGAACGUCGACCGUAAGUUAAAUAUACCGUGUGUAAGAACGUUACAGUUUAUUGUAAAAAUUUUUUAGUUUUUACUUUCUAUUUUUUAAUUGCUUAUUUUUGUAAAGAAAGUCCUGCCAUUUUUUGUUUUGUAAAGAAAGUACUUGCUAUUUUUUGUUUUAUAAAAAAGCUUUCGCCAUUUUCUGUCUCGUAAAGAAAGUUCUUACCAUUUUUUGUUUUGUAGAUUUAUAAAAAGUUAUGGCCGUUUUUUGUUCUGUAAAGGAACAUCUGGCGCCUUUUUAAGUGUGAGGAUAGCUUUAGUUGAUGAUAAAAACAUAUUUUUUUUACUUUUAAGAAAGGCGUCAAAACAUAUCAAGUCCACGCCCCAAAUGAGGGACAUGUGGGCGGCCAAUAAAGAAAAGCAACGCCAAGUGAAGGAAAGAAUGAUGAGCCCGGCCAAUUCAGCAGAUGAAAGGGUCGACUCGAAAGCCGAGCCAGUGCCCAGGCCGAGUGCCGAAACAGUGGAGCCAGUACCAGGUAAAAAAACGUUUUUUUGAAAUUAAAAAACCUUUAUUUUAUAAAAUUGAAAAAAUGUAUACCUUGAUUAUUUAAAAAUUCUACUACCUGGUACAGACAAAUUGAAAGAACAAUUUUCACACUUGCAAAAACAAAGAAUUAAAACAACAGUUACAGUAAACUUUCGUAAUUUGAAAAGUUUCUCUCCAGUGUAAGUAAAUAGCCGGGGGGAGGGGAGGGGGGAGAGAGGAGGUACGACACUACUUGUUAUUUUUUUGGAGAAGGGAGUAAUAUGUUUUUUUAUAAAAGGGAGUAGAGUAAAAAUUUUUUUAACCAAUAAAAUUCGAAAUUUUACAUUCUACAAUAACCCUACUUUUUAAACAUAUAUUUUUACAGUAACCCGGGUUUUUCAAAAUUCGACUUUUUACAGUGACCCAGAUUUUUUGAUUUUAUUUUCUACAGUAGCUUUACCUUCUUUAAGUUAAAAAUUUUGCUUAUAAAUACUACCAUAGUCUCACCUAUAAUUUCAGGCCCAUCCAAGCCACGAAAGCUACGCAACCCCCGCAGAGAAGCCGUGCGAGAGAGUCGUGAAGUGGUUGAACUGUAAGUUAACAUUUUUUAAAAGUUUUUACCACACCUUUAAAUACACAUUCAUAACUUUACAUUGAAUAUGUAUUUUAAGGUGCUUAUUGUAAAGAUGUAAAAAGUUAUGCUAAUUUUGAUUAUUAUGAUACCUCAAGCGCUACUAUGGCCAACGGAAUCCUGAGAGAGGGAGGGGUAGAGAAAGAAGAGGAUGAGAAAAACUAAAGAGGGAGGGGAAAGAAGAAAGAGAGAGAGAAAAAGGAAAAGAGCAUAAAAUUUUAAAGAAAGUUCUUGCGGUUUUUCAAUAACAACUUUGUAAAAAAAAGUAAUUGCGGUUUUAAAAAAUGACUUUGGAAAUGGAGUCUGCAGUUUUUAGAUAGAAUUUUGUAAAGAAAGUUCUUGCUAUUCUUUAAUGAGUGUUCAGAAAAAUGCGCGCGUUUUUUGCACUAUUUCUGUUGCAUGUGAGUGACAAGUUGUACGAUAUGUAUUUAAGAUAACCUGCGGGUGGCAAGUUAUACGCUAAACUCACGAAAAUAGCUAAACUUUGUUAAAUUUAGUAUUUUAAUGACAAUUUUUCAAAAAUUUAAGAGUAAAGCCACAGAGAAGCUUCGUAACGAAGCCGGCCGAGCAACGCGGUCGGAGCAGGGCUCCGAGCCAAGACAGAAGGCGCAGCCGAGCGCCAAGCGGCCACCGUCGGCACGGCCGCGGCCCGCUUGGCCAGAACGAAAGCGCUGAACAAGCCGAGGAUAAGGCGGGUAAGUUAUGCCAUUUUUUAACACCUUUUUCAAUAAUUUCUAACAUUUUCAACAAGCUCGAGGUCCAAUAACAAUAUAUUUUUAAAUUUUAUAAAGCAACUUAAAAAUUAAUUUUUUUCCAAUUCUUAAAGCCCUUUUCUUUUAAAAGUUUUUAAUUUAAAGAAUGACAACAUAAAAUUUAAAAAAAAAUGCUACAGUACCCAAAAAAAAAUUAAUAUGGAUUUUCAGAAACCCCAACCAAUGCCCAACUGCCGCCCGCACAGAGCUCGGUCACCGCCCCGUCCCAGCCUCCAUCAGCCCCCGGCCACUCACGUAAGUUAGCAUUGAAACCAUGACUUUACUGACAUACAUAAAAAUAUGACGAUUAAAUUGUAAAAUGUUAUAAUAUUAUAUAAUAGUACAAUUUAACUAUGUCAACAUUAAACUACACCAAUAUUUUUAGAUUGGCCGUUCUCAGAACGUUUUAUUUGA